CUCAGACUAGACCAUUGCAUUGAAUGUCUUGGACGUACUCAGAUUGAUGAGAUGAUCACUCAAUUUUUACACGUGUUGGAAACUAUGAGAAGAAAGAGGCCACGAUGAAAAAAUCCAAUACCCAAAAUACAGCAUCAAAAGAGGGAUAAUGUCGAUACCAAACGGGACUGGAGAAACGGGCGUAAAGGACUACACCUAUGUACGGGUUUGUGCGUCGACCGUCUCCUUCAUAAUAUUGGCGUUCUUCAACAUCGUCAUUAACUGGACUAUAGUGCGCGAGGAGCGACUUCGGGGCCAUGCGCGCUUUGUGUUAGUUUUUCACCUGUUGAUGUCAGCUCUGGUGUACUUUGGCAUGUGCUCUGUUUUCUACCUCCAGAUUUACCUCGGCGCCAGGCUGGUGGCAUCCAUCUGUGUGGCCAUGGUAACUGUCCUAAUCACCAGCGCGUCCAAUAUACUCCUGACUCUCACUGCUAUGGCGCUGGACCGUUAUUUUGCUGUCUGUCACCCUAUGAAGUACAGUUCUGUCUGGCAUUGGCCCUGGUUAGUUGGACUACUGACGUGGGGGCUCGCGCUGGUUAUUCCCCUCACUCUGCUCCCCAAGACGGAGCUGGACGCCACUGGUCCAAAUGGGGAAUGUGGACGGGAACAGUUGAAGAAAGGUGAAGUGAAAAAAAUCUUGCUGAUAUCUGUGUGUACGAUACUGAUUCUGUACAGUUAUGUAAGGAUACUGUUUGAGGGGCGAAGGUUGGGAGUGAUAAAUCGACGCAAUAGUGUUGGAUGCAAGACCAUCGCCCUGCACUUUACUCAACUCGCUGUGUACAUCCUCCCCAACUUUGUGCUAAUAGUUAUCCAGAAACAAGAACACCUUCAGCCGGGGACCAAAGAACUGUCAGCGGUGGUUAGCUUUGCCUUCUUUAGUUUGGCGCAGUGCAUAGCACCAAUCGUCUACGGUUUGCGUAAAGAGGAACUCUUGGAGCAGGUGCAUCGCCGGUUCCCUUGUUGUUCCCGCCAACUGAAAAGCGUUCUGGAGUGGACCGUGCGUGCCACGACGCCUCGUCUGCAUCCACAGCCACGGGAAAGAACAUUGACAUCCCAGACACUCAUCUCACUGGAGCCUCCACAGACACCAGUAUAAGGGAAGAGGGAGCACUCACUACUAACUCAACUACUCCUGUAACAGACCCAUCAGUAUGUCUCCAGUGCUCCAUAGGCUGGGCUAAAGACGUUUUGUACCAGACUGAUACUGCCACCCGAAUGCCAUGGAGACGCUGGUGGAAUGGAGGGUGUAGCAACUAGACAUCACAACACAUUUGGGAGCAUAUUGUAUAUCCAUACAGUGUGGAUUCACCCUCUUUUGUUGAUUGAUUCAUACAGUACUUGAAUAUCCAGCAUCUGCACAAAGCUGUGAAAGUGCUUCUGUUCUACCCAGGAUGUAGUGACUUUAUAGGAAUGGGUAUCACUGUGAACAUACCAGCCCCAGACCUGUAUUACCCGCCUCCCGGGUGGCGCAGUGGUCUAGGGCACUGCAUCGCAGUGCUAGCUGCGCCACCAGAGUCUCUGGGUUCGCGCCCAGGCUCUGUCGCAGCCGGCCGCAACCGGGAGGUCCGUGGGGCGACGCACAAUUGGCAUAGCGUCGUCCGGGUUAGGGAGGGUUUGGCCGGUAGGGAUAUCCUUGUCUCAGUAUGUAAAAAUGUAAUAAAAUGUAUGCACUCUACUGUAAGUCGCUUUGGAUAAGAGCGUCUGCUAAAUGACUAAAAUGUAAAUGUAAUGUUAACUGUACAGUGUCAGAGAAGAGUCCAACGAGGAUUUGACUAAUUUGACCGAAAAUUUACAGUACAAAACAGUGGCACAGCCAGAGAUUUGUUGAUGGGUGGGCCAAAAAUAUACACUACCGUUCAAAAGUGUGGGGUCACUUAGAAAUGUCCUUGUUUUUGGAAGAAAAGCACAUUUUUAUGUCCAUUAAAAUAACCCACAAAAAAAACUGCGAAGUGGUGACUCUGAGAUGCUGGCCUAGGCAGAGUUGCAAAGAAAAAGCCAUAUCUCAGACUGGCCAAUAAGAAGAAAAGAUUAAGAUGGGCAAAAGAACACAGACACUGGACAGAGGAACUCUGCCUAGAAGGCCAGCAUCCCGGAGUCGCCUCUUUACUGUUGACGUUGAGACUGGUGUUUUGCGGGCACUAUUUAAUGAAGCUGCCAGUUGAGGACUUGUGAGGCAUCUGUUUCUCAAACUAGACACUCUAAUGUACUUGUCCUGUUGCUCAGUUGUGCACCGGGGCCUCUCACUCCUCUUUCUAUUCUUGUUAGAGACAGUUUGCGCUGUUCUGUGAAGGGAGUAGUACACAGCGUUGUGUUGCUAGCUAACACAACAUAGUUAGCUAACACAACGUGCCAUUGGAACACAGGAGUGAUGGUUGCUGAUAAUGGGCCUCUGUACUCCUAUGUAGAUAUUCCAUAACAAAUCUGCCAUUUCCAGCUACAAUAGUCAUUUAAAACAUUAACAAUGUCUACAGUUUAUUUCUGAUGAAUUUUAUGUUAUUUUAAUGGACAAAAAAUUUGCUUUUCUUUCAAAUACAAGGACAUUUCUAAGUGACCCCAAACUUUUGAACAGUAGUGUAUAUAUUUUUCCUACAAUAGAGGAAAAUGUAUAGUUUUAUAGCUCAUUUCAUUCUAUUCUACACAUUUUGCCAUGAGGCUGAGAGAAAAUUUAGCAUUUAUAAAGCUAAUUGAAGCAACAACAAAAAAAAUAGGUGUGUUGAUUGUAUUAAAGGCACUGGAUUAUGAGCUGUCUGGUGUGCUAAAUGAACAAAUUAAAUAGACCGUGACAUGGUGUAUAUAUAGCCAUAGAAGCACAGUGACAUUAUGCCUCAAUGCAAUCAUUUUCGUGGCUUAUUGGGGGUGUGGCUUUCAGUUAGUUCUUUUUGGCAACCCAUCCCGUGAGAGUGAAUGUCAUUUCAGUGAAUCUGUUGUUAUAUUUAAUCAAAUCUGACUAACCCAGUGCACUGCUUGCUAUGAAUUUUAUCGUAUGGUGUUUGCACGUUUAGGUAAAAAAGACAAAUAAUGUCUUGUUUGGAAAACAGACAAGUAAAGAGGAUUUUUGCGCAAUCUCAUUGGGUGGGUGUGGCUUCCCUGUGCCUACUCCGCUAGUACAAAUCCCCCAGAAGACACCAGAAUUGACUGCAUGAGCAUUGUGCAAUUUAGCCUACUAUGCAAAAGUUGAUUCCUUAAUGAUAAUUGAAGCAGCAAUUACUUUAUUUGUGAGAUAAAGUCAAGACAAUACAUACUACUUGAAAUUAAAAGACUCCAGUUAAUUCAA